AUGUUACAAGAUAAUAAUGGGCCCGCUGUUAAGAGGGCGAAACCCUCAGAAAGGUUGCAAUGUGAAUAUUUCAUGGAAAAAAAGAAACGAAGAUGUGGGAUGACCAGGAGUUCUCAGAACUUGUAUUGUUCAGAGCAUCUGAAUUUGAUGAAAAAGGCGGCUAAUUCUCAAGUGCAUAAUAAGAAUGGCAGUGAAGCAGAGAAAGAAAGAGAAAGAGUACCUUGUCCGCUGGAUCCUAACCAUACGGUUUGGGCAGAUCAAUUAAAAAAGCAUUUGAAAAAAUGCAACAAGACCAAACUAAGCCAUUUAAACGAUGAUAAGCCAUACUAUGAACCGGGCUAUAACGGAGAGAAUGGACUGUUAUCGUCGUCUGUUAAAAUAGAUAUUACUGCGGAACAUUUGGUACAAUCUAUUGAAUUGCUGUAUAAGGUGUUUGAGGGAGAAUCCAUGGACGAGCUGCCUUUGAGACAACUGAACAAUAAGCUUAUGUCUCUAAAACGAUUCCCUCAAUUGCCUUCGAAUACUAAACAUGCUGUACAACAGUCUUCACUGAUCGAAAACUUAGUGGACGCUGGCGCAUUUGAGAGGCCAGAAAGUUUAAACUUCAUUGAGUUUGGAUGUGGCAGGGCCGAAUUCUCGCGCUAUGUCAGUCUGUACCUUUUAACACAAUUGACAAGCCUUCCAGCGGAGCACUCGGGUUCAAACUCGAACGAGUUCGUGUUGAUUGACAGAGCAACUAAUAGGAUGAAGUUCGAUAAAAAGAUAAAAGACGAUUUUUCAGAAAUAAAGUCAAACUCACCUUCCAAACCUAUUAGCUGCCCCAGCAUCAAAAGGAUAAAGAUCGACAUUAGGGACUUGAAGAUGGAUCCGAUUUUAAAAUCGACACCUGGGGACGAUAUACAAUACGUGUGCAUCUCAAAACACCUUUGUGGUGUAGCUACAGAUCUAACUUUGAGGUGUAUAGGCAACAGCUCAAUUUUACAUGGCGACGAUAACAACGGAUGCAACCCCAAACUAAAGGCAAUUUGUAUUGCCAUGUGCUGCAGGCAUGUCUGUGACUACGGCGACUAUGUCAACCGCAGUUACGUUACAUCACUUGUUGAAAAGUAUAGGGCCCAUGGCUCCAUCUUGACGUACGAAACCUUUUUCCGCGUUUUAACUAAACUCUGUUCAUGGGGUACCUGCGGAAGGAAACCAGGUACGGCUAUUACAGAUAUAGUAAACGUUGUCGAAUCGUUUGAAGGGGCUGAGCCAUAUACAAUAACCAUUAAAGAGAGAGAAAAUAUUGGAUUAAUGGCUAGGCGUGUAAUCGACGAGGGCAGGUUGGUAUAUGUGAAAGAAAAGUUUACAGAGUUUAAUGCGGAGCUGAUAAGGUACGUAGAAUCCGAUGUUUCUUUAGAGAACGUUGCUAUGUUAGUUUAUAAGAAAUAG